GAAAAUUCGAAUAUACUAUCCUUAGUUCUUGCCCUUUCCUUAUCCUAAAAACCUACUACGCCAUAUAGUAACUUCAACUCCAAUCACCGUUCAUCAUAGAUAACCAACGGUCACCAACUAAUUCCCAUACUCCUCACGCACACCCCGUUUGAAGAAAAAAACACUCCAUAAAUACAUAAAAAAAUCUGCAACUAAUUGAAGUUAAAAUAACUAAAAACCUCUCUCAAAUUUCCGAUAAUCACUUUCUUUUUUCCUCUCUCUAAAUUUCCCUCUCAAUUUUCCCCCACUUUCUCGUUCUUGCUCGCACCUUCAACAAACCCUAGCGCUUUUCUUCCCCACCGGCGACACACGGAGAUGUCAAUGGAAGAUUUGCGCUCGUUCGAAAUUCUUUCCAUGCUUCUUUCCGCGUUUUUUCGUUACAGCAGAUCUCCUCGAAUACCGAAGAAUUCUAUACACAAUACGCAAACAAAAGCUAGUUUCACGCCUGCGUGUUAAGGUUUCUUCUUCAAAUUUUUCUAUUCUCACCUUUUCCUUUAAUUUCUAUUCUCGAUAUCGGAAACAAAAAAAGUAAGAUCGUUGACUAACGAUUUUCUGCAUUUGUCAAAUAUUUGUUGUUAGUUUGAAUCUGAAAGGUAAUCGUUGUUAAACCAAGGUUUGAGUCUGAGAAAUUUUUCUGCUAUGGUAUUUGAAGUUCUAGGGUUUGAAAUCGUGAUUUGGAAUUAGGUUAUUGAUUUUGAAAUUUCGGAGGAAAAUAUUGUUCUAUUUGUGUAUUUCUUGGCUCUUGAAGUCUGUGUGGUGUUGGAUUUUGCAUUUAGUAUUUUUGGCUGAAAAAUUCAAAUGGGUGGGAAGUUAGAAUUGGGGCUUACAAAGAAUGGUACUCUCCAUCCGAGAGAGAAAGAGGCUAGGAUUAUACUUAGUCAUAUUAGAGCUCAAGGUCAUCCCUACAUUGAGCUACGUGAAAAUGGAAAGAAAUUCAUAUAUUUCUGCGUUUUAUGUCUUGCUCCGUGUUACAGUGAUAGUGUUGUGUAUGAUCACUUGAAAGGUAAGCUUCAUAGGAAGAGAUUGGAUUCUGCUAGAGAUACUAUGUUGAAACGGAAUCCGUGGCCUUUUAGUGAUGGGCUUAUAUUUUUUUAUGCUUCAACUGAGAAUGAGAAAAAGACGGAGAAUGCAAAUGUCAUCCAAAAUAGAUUGUUGAAGAUGACUGAAAGUGAGAAUCACAAUAGUCUUGCUAUUGUGCCGUUUGGUGUAGAGGCUCAGUCAGAUGCUCAACCGAUUGCGACAGAUGAUACAAUAUCUGAUGGUUCUGUGUUGGUGAUUCCUCGUUUGAAGAUUGCAACUGAAGCUAUUGAUGUACAUGUUAGGAAAGUUGGCUUGGGGAAGAUUUCUGCCAGGUUUGUUGAGAAGUAUGGCUCUUUAAAUGGGAGUGAAAUUAGAAGAAUAUGGUGUGAAUGGUUAGGUAAAGAGGAUAGUCAAGAAGAUGAUGUUGAGGUUCAAGAGCAUGAUUUUGCUGUUGUAGUUUUCCCUUACAGUUAUGAUUUGGGCCGGGACAAAGUACUUGAGGAUACUAAGCCAUUACUUCCAUCUGCCUCUAUGGUAGAACUGGAAAAUGGAAGGGAAAUUGGUCGAAAGAGAAAAGCACCAUUGUCCGAUCCUGAAGAUGUUAGUGAAUUCUUCCGUAAGCAUUAUGCUUCUUCUGCGGAAGAGUCUCCACCUUUGAGGAAUGCCCCCUCAACAUCAGCACUUGAUCAAUCCAACAGUCAGCUUCUUCGCACCAAAUUUGUUUCAAACAGGGCUACUAGGAAGGCAAUGAGACGGCGAGAACGCUUAGCAGCAGAGAAAGUAUGCAACAUCUGUCAACAAAACAUGAUUCCUGGUAAAGAUGUAGCAACAUUUUUUAAUUUGAGGACGGGAAGAGUAGCUUGCUGCAGCCGGAAUCCAACUGGGGCGUUUCAUGUGUUUCAUACGGCCUGCGUCAUACACUGGAUACUCCUGUGUGAAUAUGAAAUAAUCACAAAUCGCAUAGUUAAUCAAAAUGGUAGUCAAGAAGGGAAGAUAAAGACUGUAUCAGGCAGUGGUAAAGAAGACAGGGAUAUCAAACAUGUUUUCUGUCCAGAGUGUCAAGGUGCUGGUGUGAUCAUCGCAGAUGAGUUGGAGCAUCCAAAAUUUUGUUCUCUGUCCCAGAUGUUUAGAUUGAAAUUAAAGAUAAUUCUACAACGCAAAGAAUGGAUUAAAAAUUCUGAAGAUUUGCCGAAUUGCUCAAUUGGGUUUGAUUUCCCUAUGGAAUAUGAAGAGAUAGCUGAGGAGAAAGUGGAGCCAUUAAAAUUGUUGCAAUUCUAUCGUGCAGAUGAUGAGCGUGUGGUGAAUUAGAAUUGUGUGAAUGUUACAUAUAGUUUGUAGACUGCUGUAUAUCUGAGUACAUACAUUUUAAAGAACUAAGUGUAGCUUUUAAGGUAAAUGUAGAUUGAAAAAGACGAGUUAUAUAACCUCGUAGACAGUCUCCAGAUUUAACAUUGUGUAUGUACAUGUUCUUACUACAAAUGUGUACAUGGUAAAGGAAUAUCAAAUAUCGUUCUAGAGUUGUAUUCUUAUUUCUGCUCUGUUUAUGGAGUUAACUAUUGUUAUGAGCAGGCAUGAAUUUGUAUUA